AUGUCUCUUGCAGCCUCCCUCGAGGGCUGCGUGCACUCUCUCGAGACAUCGCGACGCUUGCUAGAUAACUCUAUCUCGGUACUCGACAGCGGGGUCCAGGACUUCCCACGGUUGGCCAAAGUGCUGCAAACGACGAGACACUUUGAACUCAUAUCGGAACCAGACCUCCAAACCGCUCAAUCCUCCCUCGUCUCCGAAAUACACCCCGAAGUUGACUCUCUCCUCAACCGGGUCUCAAAUUAUCUGGACAGACUCGAGCGGCGCGAGAAGUCUCUCAUGGCCAAAUUCGAUCUGAAUGAGGGCCGUCUAGGUAGCGAAUCUUCGGCCAGCAAGCCAACACGACCAAACUCGACUGUGUCGGGGAGAAGAAGUGUGGCGGGUGGAAAUGGAGAGAAGCUGGGCCCGUCGGAAGUGAUGAAGCUGAAGCAGAUGAGAUUGAAGAAGGAGAGACUGAGCUAUGCUGUGGAUCGACUCACGCUACAAGCGAAUCAGCGAGAAAGGCAGCUGAGAAUGAGCAUGGCGGCGCCACAGCAAACUGUUGGAUGA